UUUAUAUACCAACUUCUAUUAUAUACAGAAAUCGGUUCAAAAAAUCAGCUCAAGUAAAUAUGUAAAUUAGUUUGCCAAAUAGCGUAGUUACGGGAAUUGCACACAGGAGCGGUUUAACCAAAAGCUACAACUUAAAUCGUAUGUCUUUAUGAAUUGUAAGUAAUACAAAUAAUAAUUACUAGUUUGUACAAUUAAUGUAAUUGCUUUAAGUAUGUUCUAUGUAAAUUGGCAGUUUGGAUAAUAUUGCUAAGAUGACUUUGUGAAAUUUUGUUCGGAAAGAAAGGGCGACAACUAAUAUCGAAUGAAUUUCGGUGUAAUAUGCGAAUAUCAACCACAGAAAGCCAUAUUUAAAAGCCCAGUAGUCAAGCUGUUAUCUACGACCCUGUUUGUUCUCCAAUGAUUAUCGUCGACCUUGUUUGUUCUCCAAGUUGUAUAUGAAAUAUGAAAUUGUCCAUCCUGUACGACAUCUGUACAAUAGUGGUUUGUGUUUUAUGGUAUGUUUUUAAAAAAAUUUUUUUAAAAAAACAGUUUAUCUACUCGCGUAUUUUUGUACAAAUUUUCUCAUGUUUUAUUUUUUAUGUCUAGUUGGCUGAAGAGGGGCCAAUGCCCGAAACGCGUAAUGUAAAAGGCGUCCCAACUGAAUAAAUAGUCAAUAAGUUGCCAAGUGUUGAUAUAUGUCACCUUAGUGUGUCUGCAACGAAACAGAUUAUAUGGAUGACGAAUUAAAAAGCAGUGAAACGCAAUUACCACCAAAACAGGUAUUUUAUAGUGAAUUUGAACGAAACUGAAAUAUUAGAUGAGGAAUACAAUCACACAAAAGAAGUAUGGGAAGAAUUUAACAUUAGAAAUCUGAUCUCUGUGAAAACUGAUAUUAUAAUAUUGGCUGAUAUAUUUGAGAAUUUCAGAGAUGUGUGCAUUAAAACAUAUAAAUUGGACCCAGCUUGGUAUUACACAGCACCUGGAUUAUCGUGGGAUACUAUGUUAAAAACAACAAGUUAAAUUAGAUUUAUUAACUGAUUAUGAUAAGAUUUUAAUGCUUGGGAAAGGAAUUGAAGGCGGAAUAUCUCAAUGCUGUAACAGAUAUACUUAUUAUUUGCUUUAGUGUAUGAAAAAUUAUGAUGAAAUGAAAGAAUCAAAUUAUUUAAUGUAUUUAGAUGCUAAUAACUUAUACGGAUGGGCCAUGAGUCAAUAUUUGCCAUAUGGAGAAUUUAAAUGGUCUGAUACAAAUAUAGAUGUAACACAGAUACCAGAUGACUCAGACUGGUUACAUUUUAGAAGUUGAUCUAAAAUAUCCCAAAGAAUUACAUGAUUAUCAUUCUGAUCUACCUUUAGCUCCAGAGAACAGAGUGCCAGAUGGAUCGAAUCAAUCAAAGUUAAUAAAAACACUUUAUGAUAAAGAAAAGUACGUAAUCCAUUACAGAAAUCUAAAACAGUGUCUGCAGAUGAGAUUGAAGCUUAGAAAGAUACAUAGAGUUUUUGAAUUUAAACAAUCAGAUUGUCUGAAUAAAUUUAUAGACCAGAAUACAAAGAUGAGAACAAAUGCUAAAAACGAUUUUGAAAAGGAUUUUUAUAAACUGAUGAAUAACUCUGUAUUUGGAAAGACAAUGGAAAAUAUUAGAAAGCCAGUUGCUAUCAGGUUAUGUUGUAAUGCAGAUAAGGUUGAGAAAUUGAUUGCUAAACCUAAUUUCAAAGAUAGAACUAUAUUUGCUAAAAAUCUUUCUGCCAUUCAUAUGAAUAAAAUGAAAAUAAAAUUUGAUAUGCUCAUUCCCACAUAAAUAGGUUUAUUAGAUCUAUCUAAAACUUUGAUGUUUGAUUUCCAUUAUGUUACGAAACUGAAAUGUGGUGAUCAUAUAAAACUGUUAUAUCCAGACACCGAUUCUUACAUUUAUGAUAUGAAAGGGAUGAUUAAUUACUUUGUCCUCUUUAUAGUCUGAUGUAUCAAUGUUUAUGGUAUACAAAGAAUUAAUAAAGUUUUGGGAAAGAUGAGAAUAAUGGUAAG